CUCCUUCCCCCCAGCUGAGACCCGGCGGAGCCCCUGCGGAGCCGACGCACCGCCGCCGGCCAGGGGCGGGCGCGGAGGGCGGGGGCGGGGUUCGCCUUAGCCCUCGGCCUCGCCCCUGCCCCCUCCCCUGAGAGGCUGCCAAUCAGCAGAGCGAGAGCCCGGAUUGGUCGACGGAAGGCUAUUGCGCGGAGGAGGGGGUGCGGCCCCGCCCCUCCGCCCUCUUUACUCGCCCCCUUCACUCCCCCGCCCUCCCCAGGGUCUUGGGAAGGGGCGCAGCGUGGGAAAGGGAUGGUUGAGUUUUAACCGGAGGCAGAGCGUGAGCUGGACCAGUGUGUGCGGAACGCGAGCAGCCGAGCGCGGAGAGGCGCCGUGCUGUUAACUCCUUCUUGCCCGCCGCGCCGACCCUCCCCCGGAGUACCCACGCAGCCAGCAUGAAGCGAGCCCACCCCGAGUACAGCUCCUCCGAUAGCGAACUGGACGAGACCAUCGAGGUGGAAAAGGAGAGUGCGGAUGAGAAUGGGAACUUGAGUUCGGCUUUAGGUUCCAUGUCCCCAACUACAUCUUCACAGAUCUUGGCCAGAAAAAGACGGAGAGGCAUCAUUGAGAAGCGCCGUCGAGACCGGAUCAAUAACAGUUUGUCUGAGCUGAGGAGGCUGGUACCCAGUGCUUUUGAGAAGCAGGUAAUGGAGAAAGGAUCUGCCAAGCUAGAAAAAGCCGAGAUCCUGCAGAUGACGGUGGAUCACCUGAAAAUGCUGCACACCGCAGGCGGGAAAGGCUAUUUUGAUGCGCACGCCCUUGCUAUGGACUAUCGGAGUUUGGGGUUUCGGGAAUGCCUGGCAGAAGUCGCCCGUUACCUGAGCAUCAUUGAAGGACUAGAUGCCUCUGACCCUCUUCGCGUUCGACUGGUCUCGCAUCUGAACAACUAUGCCUCCCAGCGGGAAGCGGCCAGCGGCGCCCACGCAGGCCUUGGACAUAUUCCCUGGGGGAGCGCCUUCGGACAUCACCCGCACGUCGCGCACCCCCUGUUGCUGCCCCAGAACGGCCACGGGAACGCUGGCACCACCGCUUCGCCCACGGAACCCCACCACCAGGGCAGGUUGGCCACGGCACAUCCGGAGGCGCCCGCUUUGCGAGCGCCCCCUAGCGGCGGCCUUGGACCAGUGCUCCCCGUGGUCACCUCCGCCUCCAAACUCUCGCCGCCCCUGCUCUCCUCGGUGGCCUCCCUGUCUGCCUUCCCCUUCUCUUUCGGCUCCUUCCACUUACUCUCUCCCAAUGCGCUGAGCCCUUCGGCACCCACGCAAGCUGCAAACCUUGGCAAACCCUAUAGACCUUGGGGGACAGAGAUCGGAGCUUUUUAAAGAACUGAUGCUGUAGAAUGAGGGAGGGGAAAGCUUAAGAUCCCAGCUGAGCUGGGCUGUUGCCAACAUCACCUUAAAAGUCAUCAGUAAAAUAAAAAGGAAAAAAGGUACAUUUUCAGAUAAAUUUUGUUGAAAGACAAAAGGUUUGUUGGUUUUAAUUUUUUUUUAAUUUUUUAAAAAUCAUGUCAUGUAUCAGCAAUUUAAAAAAACUAGUUAAAUUUUGUUUCCAGCGUUACAUUGAAAUAGUAUAAACCAACGAAGUGGUGAUAGGUUUGUUCUGUGCCUAAUUUACUUUGUAAACCUAUCUGUCUAAGGAUGAAUCAAAGUUUGGGAAUUUUAACAUUUAGUAUUUUGGUCUGUUUUUCUCCUUGUAUAGUUCCCAUCUCUUUUUAGACUUAAUUUUUUAAACCACUAUGCUCAAUGUUAACAUGAUGCUAUUUGUUAAUAUUUUGACCAUUAAGGUGUUGUAUAAAUAAUAUUCAUUGGGGAGGGUCUAUAUUGAAUUUUAUAUUUCUGAAUAAAGCGUUGACAAAUCAGAUGAUCAGCUUUAUCCAAGGAAGAAAACUUGCUAAUUCUCUGCCUCCUACAGCAGUAAGGUGAAUGUACAAACCAUCAGGGGCUCUGAAUCUGCAUGACCAAUGGCUGUUCUCUGCCGAGGCUCACAGUCUGGCUUAGUAGGGAGAGGUCCCCAUUUGGAAUUGGCAGGGAAGAGACAGAAGAUAAUUGUGUAGAAUAUGCCUGCAUUUACCAGCCCCAAGCAAUGCAAUGAAUUUUUAAUCUCAUAGAUCUCAAGUUGACAAAUGUUAACAUGGAUAAGUGAUCAUGGUAUGCAAGUGGUCAAUGGAAGAGUCCAGUGGAACCUGUUAAAUGCAUAACCGCAUUCUUCUUGGAAUUGCCAUAUUUUCUUUCAACUGGAAAUUGUUCCGUUGCGUUUCCCUUUUUGGUGCAUGGAAAUGUGGUCGAGAUACUUUAAAGGGCUUUGCUGCCUUCUCUUUGGUUUAUUUAAUUUGAUUUGGGCUAUAAAGUCAUCCUUUUACAGGUUUAUUCCUUUAGCAGGUGUAGUUUAAACAAUCUCCACUGAACUGGGUUUGACCUCUGUUGUACUGAUGUGUUGUGACUAAAUAAAAAAGAACAAACUCUUCUGCUGUA